UAGGACUGCAUCAGCUAGCUCAGUGUGAAACUACCCGCAGGACAGAUACGGACACCUUACAGACCAUCUCGGAGAUAAUCCCAGAACAAAAAUCAUGAAGUAUCAAAUUCUGUGUGUGCUAAUUCUUCUCUCAGCGCUCUCCAGUAAAGGCCACUGCGCUUCCCUGAAUGGGAAACAAAUAAUGAAUUCUCCCGACCAUAUCACCGAACCAGAGACGGAGCAAUCAAAUAUCAUGGGGUCCUUACUCAGGACAAAGCGUCAAUCUCAUCUUUCCAUCUGCACCUAUUGCUGUAACUGCUGCAAAAGGGGCCGAAACGGCAAAAGCAAAGGCUGUGGUAUGUGCUGUCUGACCUAAAACUAUUGUCUACAACCCGGAUUUCUUGGAAUUCCCAAAACGAACUCUCUAUAAACCAGGGACACGAAUAGAAGCACUGAUCCUAAUUUUUUUAUCCAUUGAUCAAUCUAUGCGAUAAUCAAUCCCAGAAUGCAAGGGGUUAAGAGAUAGGUGAACGUUUUAGAAGACAACAUUGAACCAUCUCGGAAGCUGAGAUAAAAUCUGU